AUGGCGUCAGACGGGAUGAUUUUAACGAACCACGACCACCAAAUCCGGGUCGGAGUCUUGACAGUGAGUGACAGCUGUUUUCGAAACCUCGCAGAGGACCGCAGUGGCGUCAACCUCAAAGAUCUUGUACACGAUCCCUCCCUGUUGGGAGGUAUGAUCGCUGCCUACAAGAUAGUGCCAGAUGAGAUAGAUGAAAUCAAGGAGACUCUUGUGGAUUGGUGCGAUGAAAAGGAACUUAACCUCAUCCUAACCACCGGAGGCACAGGCUUCGCCCCGAGAGACGUCACACCAGAGGCCACUAAGGAGGUGAUAGAGCGCGAGGCUCCAGGGAUGUCUCUGGCAAUGCUGAUGGGAUCCCUCAACGUCACACCACUAGGCAUGCUUUCCAGACCUGUGUGUGGUAUCCGAGGGAAGACACUCAUCAUUAACUUACCAGGAAGCAAGAAAGGCUCCCAGGAAUGCUUCCAGUUCAUCCUGCCGGCGUUGCCGCACGCCAUUGACCUCCUUCGGGACGCAGUGGUGAAGGUAAAGGAGGCGGCAGAUGAGCUGGAGGACUUGCCGUCGCCACCACCACCCCUGUCGCCGCCGCCCAACAGUUCGCCGCGCCGCCAGACGGAGGACAAGGGCGUGCAGUGCGAGGAGGAGGAUGAGGAGAAGAAGGACAGCGGCGUGGCAUCCACCGAGGACAGCUCCUCCUCCCACAUCACCGCUGCAUCCAUCGCCGCCAAGAUCCCAGACUCCAUUAUCUCGCGGGGUGUGCAGGUGUUGCCCAGGGAUACGGCCUCUCUCAGCACCACGCCCUCGGAGUCGCCCCGCGCCCAGGCCACCUCCCGCCUCUCUACGGCUUCCUGUCCCACACCCAAAGUGAUGAAGAGGCCAGAAAGGUCAACAAUCUGUCCAUCAAAAUCUAAAAAAAUCCACAGGCAACUCCCUGAAAUCAGACAUCACCUAAACUGGAACAUCAAGGGAAUUAGUAAUGUGCAGUCACGAUGCAGCAGCAAAGAAAAUAUCCUAAGAUCAAGUCACAGUGCAGUGGACAUCACCAAGGUGGCCCGAAGGCACCGCAUGUCCCCCUUCCCCCUCACCUCCAUGGACAAGGCCUUCAUCACUGUGCUGGAGAUGACUGCCGUCCUGGGCACUGAGAUCAUCAACUACAGAGAUGGGAUGGGUCGAGUCCUGGCUCAGGACGUUUAUGCCAAAGACAACCUGCCACCCUUCCCUGCUUCUGUCAAGGAUGGUUAUGCUGUGAGAGCGGCUGACGGCCCAGGCGACCGCUUCAUCAUUGGAGAGUCCCAAGCUGGAGAGCAGCCCACUCACACAGUGAUGCCAGGCCAGGUGAUGAGGGUGACGACGGGUGCCCCUAUCCCCUGUGGGGCCGACGCUGUAGUCCAAGUGGAAGACACCGAGCUCCUUCGUGAGUCUGAAGACGGCACAGAGGAGCUGGAGGUACGAAUCCUAGUACAGGCUCGUCCAGGGCAGGACAUCAGGCCUAUCGGUCAUGACAUCAAGCGUGGGGAGUGUGUGCUGGCAAAGGGCACCCACAUGGGCCCAUCUGAAAUUGGCCUCCUGGCCACUGUUGGAGUCACAGAGGUGGAGGUCCAGAAAUUCCCUGUGGUGGCCGUCAUGUCCACAGGGAACGAGCUGCUGAACCCAGAAGACGACCUCCAUCCUGGGAAGAUCAGGGACAGCAAUCGCUCCACCCUGCUGGCCACCAUCCAGGAGCAUGGCUACCCCACUAUCAACCUGGGCAUCGUGGGAGACAACCCCGAUGACCUUCUCAACGCUCUGAAUGAAGGCAUCAGCCGCGCUGAUGUCAUCAUCACCUCAGGAGGAGUGUCCAUGGGAGAGAAGGACUACCUUAAGCAGGUGCUGGAUAUCGAUCUUCAUGCUCAGAUCCAUUUUGGUCGUGUUUUCAUGAAACCAGGUCUCCCAACAACAUUUGCCACCUUGGACAUAGACGGUGCUCGCAAACUAAUCUUUGCCCUCCCAGGAAACCCUGUGUCCGCUGUUGUCACCUGUAAUCUUUUUGUCAUCCCUGCCUUAAGGAAGAUGCAGGGCAUUUUGGACCCUAGGCCCACCAUCAUCAAAGCGAGGUUGUCUUGUGAUGUGAAAUUGGACCCUCGCCCUGAAUACCACCGCUGCAUUCUGACAUGGCAUCACCAGGAACCUCUGCCGUGGGCACAGAGCACAGGGAACCAGGUGAGCAGCAGGCUCAUGAGUAUGCGCAGUGCUAACGGGCUCCUGAUGCUACCUCCAAAAACAGAGCAAUACGUGGAGCUGCACAAGGGCGAGGUGGUUGACGUCAUGGUCAUCGGCCGGCUAUGAUGUCAUCACAGAGGGACGGAGAGUUGGCGUCAUAUAGCGAGGGUCGGAAUGGGUGGUUCACGGUGCAUGUCCACAUAUCAUUGACUAUUCUGUAAUAUGCAACGGCACAGCUAGUUUUUAUUGAUUUGGAUAACGUUGAGGUAUAGUCAACAUCUUGAUCACAACCUAGAUACAUAUGAAAAAAUUAAUUUAAAAAGAUUAUAGUAUUUCAAACAAAGAAAAUAUAACUUUUAAUGAAAAAAUCAAAUUAUAAAAAGAGAUUUAUUCUGUAAUAUAUUAUUAUGAUUAUUCUUAUUAUUAUUAUCAUUCUUCUUCUUAUUAUCAUUAUUAUAUUAAGGCAACUUUGUUCCUUUCAUUGCAAUUGCUUUGUGUGUUCAAUGCUAGACCUUAUCUAUAGCAGUAGCAUUUUAAUAGACAGCUGUAGGUGCCUGCCAGGACAAAAAAAAGAAAAUUAUUAUUUUCUCAUCUUUAGUGGAAAAAAAUAAUCUGUUUUUUGAAAAUGAAGAAAACACUGAGGAAGACUCCAGAUUUCCCAUGGUGCUCAGCAGAGAGGAAGAGGGGGCACAUCAAGGCCGCUUCCUCUUUUGAGCGCCCAUCAAGGUGACACUUCUGUUUUUCUCUCAUUAGUAUGCAUCAUAAUGGCUUCACAAAGAGCUUUGCUUGUUGUUUAUCUUGUGAGUCUUGUUUAUGUGCGCAGUGCCAAAUGCCUGGGCAGGGAAGAGGUGAUGUUGG